AUCGGUUUGAAACAUGUUCGAAGUAAACAACACUUAACCGGUAAUCUAUGAGCGCGAAUAUAUGCUGAUUAUUGUCAAGUUAUUUCAUGAUUAAUUUCUGAGCCGUUGUAAAUGUGGUGUCCGAUAGUGAAGUUACGAUGUAAAUAAUAAAAGCAAGAUAUUGAAACCUCAGUUAUAGUAGAGAAGUAGAACAAAAUGCCACCGAAUAUAGCGGCUGCAGUUAUUAAACUGGGACAACAGAAGAAAAAUGAUGAGCUGAAAGAGAUUCUGGAGAGGAUUCCGAAUAAGGAGCUUACCGAUCUGGUGGCGUCCAACAUCAAAACGGCCGACGGUUUUACGUUAUGGCAUUUUGUUCUCGUUGGAUUGGCGCAUUCAAGCAAGUCACAGGAAAAGCGUUUUCAAGUAGCAUUGGCCGUUCUGAAUCAAUUGAAUCGAACCGAACUAAGCACGAAGGUUGUAUUUGACAUUGUGUCUCGGUUAGUGUUGGACCUACCAAAAUUCAGCGCGGAUCAGUUAGUAGAAAUUCUGGAAUACUGUGUAGAGUCAAUUCGAGCAGGAGAUCCUAAAUGUAUGGGUUGGAAGGAUCUCUUACCAGAUGUACUAAAGUUGUUGCUUGAACAGGUGAGCAAAUUCAACGUAAACGGGUUUAUCAUGACUGGUAGUGAGUAUCGUAAAAAGGUGCUGGAUGAUUUGCUCAAAAUGAAGAUUCAGAACGGUAUUCUAACAUCAUUUACGGCGAUGUUCCGCGAAAUACCCUUGAACAAAGAUGAGGCAACACUAGUUAUUCAAAAAAUCUGUGAUGCUAUACGUGGUUUUCAACCCCUGGAACUACCAGCCCUAUCUUUUCAGCUAUUUCAUAUAUGUCUAAACUAUACUAGCUUGUUGGUGAUUCCCAUCUAUGCAUUGCAAAAAUAUUUCCAUAAGCAUUACUACAAGAAGGUGUUGAGUGACGGAGGAGACACUACGGAUUUCGAUAGCAUUGAGCCCGUCUCGGAUAAAGAAAUUCGGGAAGCAGAAGAAACAGUACUGUAUCAUUUAUCUAAUGUCACUGAAUUUCGUUUGGACGAGCUACAAGUGGUGGCAAUGUUUAAACCAUUUCAAAGCUUGCCUGAAUUUUUGUUGACUCCCUUUGUAGUAAGUGCUCUUAUUGCGAUGAGCAAAAUAAACCGUUGCCCGGAUACCAUGAAGGUAGUGUCUUCUCAAGUGAUGCUAUUUUUGACAAAAUUAGUUUUGGGAAAUGAAAACGAAAACGAAAUUUGUAAGCAUUCUGCGUGGUGUCGUGGACGGAUCGAAUCUGGUACUGUACCCGAUGUCGAACGAGUAUUGACCAUUUUGACCGAGCAUAGCCAGGAAGGCAUGGAGGUAGUAACUCCCGGAAUAAUACAUUUUGCAUUUGCCCUGUUGAUUGCAAAGAAGCAACCAAAACUCCACACUAUUGCUAUCACAUUUAUGCAAUAUUUUGUCAAGAAACGGUUCAUCUUUGGAAAUGGAAUAGUAGGAAAACUGAAGCAGUAUUUAUUUGCUGAGCUUGAUUCCCAACAAUUCUCCGAGUGUUUGAUUACGUUGAGCCUCACAAGUGCGUUAACCUUGUCCGAGUGUAAUUCGUCGAUCGACUACAUUUUGGAAUAUCUAUUGAUGAUCGACGGUCUUCACUCGAUGCGUAUCAUGGCCUUCUUGUUUCCGUUAAUUCGUAUUUCUCAUAGGAUCCGAGACGCUUUCAUAGAGGUACUCCGGAAGGCAAUGUAUCACAGCGCGACUCACACCCGCAUGAUGGGGGUAUUCGGAUUUUGUUCUCUAAUGAAACAACUCAAGAACAACAACUCGCGUCGUGCGGUUCUCGGUGGUUCGGCCGGAAAUCUCACUCAACUGUCCAUUUCGGGAAUGUCAUUGCUGUCUCAGUCCACACUUGGACGCGCAGAUAAUCCCGACAUGCACUUUGAUAUGUUAACACUUGAGAUUUUGGGUAUACUUCGACGAUGCUUUACACAAACGAUAGAAAUUCGUGAACUACUUUACGAUAGUCUUGGUAGAGCAGUGGAAUUUAACAGCAAACUUCUUCCCCACGUUCUGCAAUUUAUUGAUUGGCAUUUUUGCAACUAUUUUAACGAAUCGGUUGAAGGUGCAUUUCAAAUAGACUUUGAAAAGUGUGUUCGUUACAAACAGGAUAAUUCAGAGGAUGCAGAUAAUGAUCAACUGCAACAAUUUGAGAUUUUCGACAAUGUUGGCAAACUGACAGCCUUUAUGGUUCACUGCGUGACACUGUCUGAUCAGCAUGAUGUCCAGCACGACAAUGAAGGUGUUAAGAAGCUACUGAAUGAUGUAGUGAAACAAAUCGAUACUAUUUCACUGGACAGUCUGGGAAUCAUUGGAACGCUUGAUGCCAAGACAAGCAAUAUUGGAUGUCAAUACCUGAAUACAAUCGAAGCUGGUAUGGCUUAUUGCAUCUGGAAUGCGAAAAUUGACAAUGCUUGUCAUCGUGAUUUGUUAAAGCUUUUCAAACACCAUCAAAGCUGCUACGACAAAAUUAAGAAAAUGGAACCGAAAAGAGCUGGUAAAAAGGCUAACAACGAAACAAUUGCGUUGACUGCGGGAGGUAUUGGCGGAAAGGGUGUUGUAUUUAAACCCGACAAUGCGUGGGACAUUGCCACGGUGGAGCGCUUAUUGAAGAUUGUGUUUGAUGAUUUAACUAGUAGCGGACCGCAACAAGACCUAGAAGCACUUCGAACGAACCGCGACUUUACCCUGUUCGUGCUAAAAGUGAGCUCCGAAAAGCUGGAAGCUUUACGCCACACCCCAGAAUAUUGGCAGAUUAAACACAGCAAACGCAUUUUCAAUCAUCUCUGUGAAUGUGGGAAAACCGUAUUCGAGCGAUGUGUAAAGCAAACCAAUCAACUGGCCGGUAAUGGGAACAUCCAAGUAGCACUCGGUGCCGGAGAAUGCUUCCGACAGGCGUUGCUCACCGCUCUGGAUGUGUACGAACGGAAAUUUGCAGAAUUUCUGAGAUUAAUUUGUUGUUCAGCACAGUCGGAUUUCAAGAGGGAAAUAUUCGAAACGAUGCACGAAAUUAUUGAUAAAUACUUCGAUGAUGGAGCAGAAUCUGAUACGGCCGGAGAAAAGACGGUUUGCAAUCUGUUCGUUUGUUUGGAGAUUUUAUACAAAUCUAACAUCAUGGAAAACGAUCUUCUCAAUGCAGCUUAUAUAUGGCUACAAAAUUUCUGCACAAAUACCAAACUUAAGCAAAAAUCUUUGGGUAUAGUUCAUAGAAUAUUAUUUGAUUUGCGAAUGAAAACACAAACUGGUGCCUAUUUCGAUACUGUGUCUAUGCUUGUUGAAAAAAAAUUCGGUCAACUUGAACAAGACGAACUUGUUCCGAAUUUUACCUUAAAGUCGAUCAGUUCCUUAACGGUUGAAUCUGCAUUUAUAGCUCUAUGCAAUGCUCUAAAACAGCAACUGGAUGAUGUGGAUCACUUCAUUCUGCGAACGAACAGCAUUCUAUGUCGAUUGAAGAUUUACGGUCAUGGCGAAAAUGAAGAAUAUUUACAGCAAUUAAAAUCCGUCGAAAGAUCGAUGUGUUCUCAGCUUGUCCAUGUGAUGAUGGCAGCUACGCAUUUGGCAAACACGCAGUUACCAUUGGGAACAUGUAUGGACUCUCUUUUGAAACUUCUGAUCGGUGUCUACUCCUGCUUGUCGAAUCUUACUAAACACUUCCUUGCAAGACAUCCGAUUGCGGCUGUUUCUCAUGACUCUACCAAGUUUAAUUUAGUUAUCAAGUCUUCCAAACCAUUGGCUGUGAGGAUUUACAAUCUAUUUCCAUUCAUCGAGGAAAAUAUUCUGGGACAGACGGAACAGGCCGAUGAAGAUGAUGAUUUAGGGGAAACUUCCAAAUCGAAACCAGCCAAUGAUGCUAAACGAAACAGGGAAAAAGUAAUUCGUCAGACAAAACUCAUACCGAAGGUGGUCUUUCGAAUCGAAACCUUCAACAGGUUCGUUUUAAUGCUUAGUAAAAAGACAAAGAAAGAUCUUACAUAUCUGCUACACUUGGGAACGGUGAGAGAUUUCCGAAUAAAGGAACCCGCACUGGUUGAGGCUAUCAAGAAAGCGUUCGAUGGGAGGCAGGAUGAGACUUCCUCCGAGUUUGGUGAUCUAGCCGAUCUGGACACGUGGCACGAUGAACACAUUGAACCACUGAGCAAACCAACAUCAUCAUCCCUUGGGGCUUCGUCCGUGGCAGCGGAAGAAAGUCAACUUGAUGAACAGGAGUCUAACACGGAGUUGUCAGACAUUGGUAAUGAGAAUUUGGCUUUGAAAAAUUUAGCAUUGCUAAAUGAGAAAAGUAAGCGAAGGUCAGCGAAAAAAAGAAUGAACGCUGAUGAGAGGGAUGUUGAAAACCAUAGCAGUGUCAUUGCUUCAGCUGCUAAGAAACGCAAGGUAUUGAAAAAGAAAGGAACCUCCCCGAAAAUUAAUAAGAAAGCUUUAGAAACGGUUAAUGAACUUUCAGCAGUUGCAUCGGCAACUAAAGUGACAAAAACACUCGGUCCGGGAAGACGAUCGUCGAGAACAAUUGAUAAGAAAACCUAGCGUACAAAAAUAUGUAAUGAAAUAUAGGCGUCUUUGGAGCUUAAUUUUGCAAA